AAAAAAUCAGGAGCAAAGGUUGGGGGUGGGGUGGAGGCAAAAUUGUCCUCGCAGCAGAGAAUGCCUUAAGCCAGGAGGAACUUGUAAAUGAAAACUGCUCGCAUAAGCAAAUGAUUAUUUCCUCCAACGUUGACCAUCUCUUAGACCCACAGAAACUUGAGGACCGGUAUGCACCCCGGCUGACUUGGCCCUGCCACAGCUGCCGGGCUGAGCCUGCUCCUCCAAAGGACUGCACUGGCCUGAAAUGUGCUUCUAAAGAAUCUCUGCAAAUCAACAGGAACUUCUUAUCCAGACCCGGGACAGGGAGGGCUGGAAUGGAAAUGAGGCCGUGGAAUGAAAGGUCACUCUCAACUUGGGGAAAAUGGCAUUUCACCAGGAACAUCACGUACCUCGGAGGCAGAACAUGCGAGGGGCAGGGAACGCCGAGAGGAGGCACUUACCUGCCAUUGAGAAAGUGCGGCUGCUCAGAGGGCCUAGCCUCUCUUGUUCAAAAGAGAAAAGAGGCUCACCCACAGCAGACAUUCCUGCUUCCGGAUCCUCAGCGGCCUCUCCCAGGGGGAGGAGGAAGAAGCAAAGAGAACAGGCUAAGAGUCACCACUUACCAGGCCAGCCCCGGUCUUGUACACAUUAGGUCGCCCGGCGGGGCAAGGACACUGUCACCUCUUUGCAAUCAGGCAGUCUGAAGCCCAGCGACUUGCCUUCAUGUCCCCGGGCUUUCGCCUAUAAUUUAUCACCCUCGACAGCAGCUCGGCUGAGCUGAAAGUCUUCGGUGCAGUGCACCGAAGAGCCAUUUAUUUCCUGGGAUUGUGAAUAAAUACGAGGAACUGGAGUUGUUCUGCUGGCCGAAGUGACAAUAUCAGAAGGGAGCCUGGCGGGAGGGAAACAGCUGUGGUUUGCAUUUUGAAGGUGUUUUUAAUAUUUUUAGUAAUUGUUUCAGAUUCUCUUUAGUUCUGAUGCCCCUCUCCUAGAAAUGAGAAAACCCAUCUUUUAUACUAGAGCUAUAAUCCUUUCCCACUAGACACAGCCUCCUCCACCCUCUCUCAAUAAUGCAGAAGUGGUGAUUAAAGGGCACAUUCAUAUGUAAAAGGCGAACUUCCAAACUCGCCUGGCAGGACAGAAAUUGCUUCAAUCUACAGAAAAGAGGCUGAUUUACAAAUGAAUUCAGUGUUUAGCCCUCAACAACUAGAGGCAAUUGCAACCGCGGCCCUUUCUCCUCCCCAGCUGGGAUGAGGCCCUCUGGAAAAACGACAACAUCGCAACAGGAAUUUCCUGGAUCAAGAAUGCCAAGUUCUUUCCAAUUUUACUGAGGCAGGGCCCGACUCCCUAUGAGAACGCACUGCCCACCACCCACCCCCUCAGCAGGCCCAGGCCCCAAAGGCUCCCUCCAACAUGUGUACAUGAGGCCCUUCAAACUCGACCAGAACACCACAAAGAAUGUGGAUAAACCGGUUGCCUUUGGCCUUUACAUUGUGGCUGGCUGAGGAGCUGGUUCUGGUGGCUGACACCCGUUGGCACUAUUUAUCCACCCCUGCCUGGCUUGGGUUCUAGAAAUCUCCGGUGAUGGUGGCUUCCAAACUGCAACGGGGAAUCACGGCAUCAGAGGGCAAUUCAGAAACAAAAAGACAGUUCUGUGCUGGCGGCAGCUGAACCACAGAAGUGGGUUGGGAGAAGCAAAGGGAAAUUAGCUUCAGAAAGGGGGCAGAUGAAAGAGACGCCACUGCUAACCAACCAAGGUCCCCACCUGCCCUGGGUGCUAUCUCUAAAAGUCACCUAAAGAAGGGGGAAAAUUCGGCCAGGCGCAGUGGCUCACGCCUGUAAUCCCAGCACUUUGAGGGGC